AGAUAUAAAAACCACGUCCUUUUCAAAAAACAAAUCACAUUUACAACUUCAACUACAUCUUCAAACCUCAACUACAAAUUUUCAACAUGAACAACCACACUACUGAACAAAAGCCAUCCACCGUCGAGACCAUCAAGGAGAAGGCCUCCCACUUGCUCCACAAGGUCACCGGAAAGGAUCACCAUGAGGGUGAGACUACCCAUACUACUACCCACCCUGAAGGCCAACACCAUCAUGGCCAGGCUAACACCCAUGCUCCUGCCCCUGUCGCUACCGGUCACAAUGCUGAACCCAUCUACGAUCCCAACACCGUUGCUGCCGCCGCCGCCCCCGGAGCUCACAACAACCUUCCUACGCAUGCACAUGUUUCUCCCAAUGUUCCCACUGCAGCUGCUACAACUGUAUUCCCAACUGGGCCUCAAGGCAAUCACCAUCACGUAGAUCAUCAUCAUGGUGGAACUACUACUGGCGCUUCUACCGGUGCUGAGGCUGUCUUCCCUAGCACUGGUGCUGGUACUGCGCCUAUUACUGGUGCGCACGGCAGCCAUCACCAUGUCGAUCACCACCACGGUGGCGUUAACGCUGAUGGUGCUACUGUCGGUACUGCUCUUGAUGCUACCCAUCACAACAACCUCACCCACAAGUUGGGCGAGCAUCAUAGCCACGAAAACCCUCACCAUGGUGAUGACCCUCAACAUGGUGUCACUACUCGCUUGGUUGGCGUUCCCGGUGACGUUAACAACUUGGAAGGCGUUCACUUGAAGCCCACCAUGUAAAAAAAAAAAAAAAAAAAA